CAGGGAGGCCCGCGACGCCAGCCCAGCUCUGCGAGCCGCCAUGUUGGCCGCUGCCUGACAACGUCACGGAGCGGAGAGGAGAGGAGGGGAGGCCGACAGCAUCGGCGUCCAUCCGCGGCUUCGUCCAGCUCGCUGAGGGACCGCCACCGCACCGAGAGCACCAUGAGCGGCGGUACUCCGUACAUCGGCAGCAAAAUCAGCCUCAUCUCCAAGGCGGAGAUCCGGUACGAGGGGAUUCUGUACACCAUCGACACCGAGAACUCCACCGUCGCUUUAGCCAAAGUUCGCUCAUUUGGGACGGAGGAUCGGCCUACAGACAGACCAAUCCCACCACGCGAUGAAGUGUUUGAGUACAUCAUAUUUCGGGGCAGUGAUAUCAAAGACCUCACAGUAUGUGAACCUCCAAAGCCACAAUGUUCUCUGCCUCAGGAUCCUGCCAUUGUUCAGUCUUCCCUUGGCUCGUCCUCAAACUCAUCUUUUCAAUCAGUUGGUUCCUAUCCACCAUUCAGCAGAAUGCCAGCGUACAGCCAGUUUGGACCAAGCCCGCUCGUGACGCAGCAGUAUAAUGCAGUCGGUGUUGGAGGCCCCUCGUCUUCUUUCAACAGCAACAAAACCAGCUUCGCAUCACUUACACAGACCAGCUCACUGGGUUCGACCGUCAAACCCGAUUCGAGCUCUCUGAAAUUGCAGUUAGCUUUUCAGGGCCGAUCGAGUCCAAAACUGGAGCCCUUAAGAAAAAGUCCAACAAUGGAGCAGGCAGUGCAGACGCACACUUCUCAAGCGCCUGUAGGGAGGAGGAGCCCUGUGCUAGCUAGGCCACUGCCUUCGGUUCAGCAGAAACCAAUGGAUACUCAUGAUACAAGGAAAGCUUUUGAGUCACAGAAAGCCCUGCGGCCAGAAAACGAUCACUUUAAGAAUGAAAAUCGGGAACCAAACAAGAGGCCAUCAGGUGGCCAGGCUGCCAGAAGAGGCCGUGGAGGAAGUCGAGGAAGGGGUAGGUUUGCUGUCAGGCGAGAUGGGCCAAUGAAGUUUGAGAAAGACUUCGACUUUGAGAGCGCAAAUGCACAAUUUAACAAAGAGGAGAUUGACAGGGAGUUCCAGAAUAAGCUGAAAUUGAAAGAUGAUAAGCAACUGGAUAAAGCGGAGAAGGCGAUAAAUGGUGAAGAUAAAGGAGACUCGGGGAUUGAAACACAAAACAGCGAAGGAAAUGCUGAUGAAGAGGAUGCUUCGGGACCGAAAUGCUACUAUGACAAAACCAAAUCAUUUUUUGACAACAUCUCCUGUGAUAAUGAGACAAGCUAUUUUUCUUCCAGGGAUCGGAGACCCACCUGGGCCGAGGAGCGGAGGAUAAAUGCAGAAACAUUCGGAAUCCCACUGCGCCCAAUGCGUGGACGUGCAGGCUACAGAGGCCGUGGUGGCUUUGCGUACAGGGGUGGGCGGGGUCGUGGCGGGAGAGGAAACUAUGGGCCUCCCCGUGGUGGUUUUCGUGGAGGAUUCCGAGGAAGCCGUGCUGGAGACAGAGAGCUUUCAGACUUUGAAUACAGGAAGGACAAUAAAGUUGCUGCAUAGUAUACAAGACAGCAUUUGCAAAAGAAGGACUUUAGAUCUACUUGGUUCAGAGAAAGUGUUUAGUUUUAAACUUAUUUUUGACAGCAAGAAUGAAGAAAUAAAUUUGCUGUUCAUCUGUCACCAGCACUGGUAUCUACGUGCUUGACUUCAAAGGGCGAACACGCAAUGUCUUGUUGUGGAGAAGGUCCGUCUUUAUGAUGUUGAGCAUUAAAUAUUUGUCUUUGAAAUAGAAGGAAAAUUUGUAAAUGUAUAGAUGAGACAAAAAAAUACGACUAGUAUGUUGGAGCUUUCCAGUAUUUUUGCAUUGAUAAUGAGAGCGCUUUCUUAUUACUGAAAAUGUUUGAUAAAAUGCUGUCAGUUGCAAGAAAUACUGUAUGCAGCCGGCCAUCUACUGUGAUUUGCAUUCUGACCCGCUCUGAUUCACAGGAAAUCACAUUGAAAACUUGUAAGAUUUAUUUUUUUCAGUGAAACAGUAAAACAGCUUUAUUGUGCGUAGGAUAUAUAUAAAAAAACUCAAACUUAACACAUGGCUGUGCUUAUUUUAUAGAGGAGAAAGAUGGAAUCAGAAAUGUUUUGUGACACACUCCUCUCUGGAGAUAGCUGAUCUUCACCACCCCCACUCCCAACCCAGUUGGGUGGGGAUGAUUUACAAGUUUCUGCUUUAUUAAGAUGUUCCCCAAUAGAAUUUUUGAUAUUGAACCAAAAUAUGAGGGGGAGAAAAGAUGCAUAGUGUUUUCUUUUUAAAAAAAAAAUCAGUAAAUUUAGCUAUAAGGCAUAUAAAGCAUAAAGGGAUCCAAAGAGGAAUAAUUUUUGAUUAAUGUAGAUAUUAUGUGAACAGUUUCUGAACUCUGGUGUUUGCAAGUAAUAUAUAGUGUAUGAUUAGUCCCCUUGAUAACAUAUUUACCGGAAAUUGAGGUUGAAGGUGCAGGAGAUGAAAUUUCUCUGUUGUCCUUGUUCAUCUUUCAUCUACUUCCUUGCUAUAUAUGCCAUGUAACAAUAAAAGUAACUCUACACUAAGUAUAAUUGAAUGAUUAACAAAUGUCAGUUGUGAGCUUGACAAAGUAAUCACAGGAGAUUUCCUUCUUGUGCUUCAUGAGAUCCAAGCUGCUUGAUUUGAAUUAUGUUUGUGGUACUUGCUGCCGAUUUUAUUUGAAUUUUUCAUACAUUCUUUGUGGGGGGGGGUGGAAAUCUUUUAGGUCAGGGGUGAGGGUGUUCGAGGAAUUCAGAUAACUACAUAAUCAAUAACUUCAUGCUUAUCAGCAUGUUGGAGUUAUCUGCAUUCUGGCCACAGGGUCAUUUCUGAGUUUGUUUCCUGCUGCACCAUACAUGAAACCCUUCUGUUCAAAUGUGAAACAGAAAUAUAUAAAUAAUGCUUAGGAAUAGCAUUAACAAGUGUGCAGUUUCCAGUGAAUUUUAUGGGAAGGGGUAGAUAUUUGAGAACACAUUAUUUAAGAGAAGGUGAGAAUGGGACUUUUAUUUUAACUUUGCAGUCAGAGAUGACUCCCACCAAAAACCAAGUCCAACUUUGACCUGUGGGGUCUUCAUUGUUAUUAGUUCAUACACAUGACAGGACACUUAAUUUUGGUAGAUGUCAUUAUUAUCCCACAGAGUUGCACAUGUACAGUCAGGAGAAAAGGAAAGCUGCAUUCUUAUCUGGCUCUUCAAUCGCAACUCAGUAUUGUUUUUACAGAAUUAAUUCCAAAUAUAAUUUGAAUUGAUUGAGAUUGUCCUGACCUGUGGAUGUCAUGAUAUACUAACAACAGUCUGGAAAGAUGCAGUGGGCAGGCUGACGACUGGCGAUAAUACGCCACUGUUCAGAUGGUACUUCCUGUUUAUUUGAAUCAAACUGUCCCCUUUUGGCAUUUGACUGUAAAUGGGUCAGAAGCUGUGAAGGAAGAAUUUUUCUAUUUUUUCCAUCCUCCUUAGCUCUCAAUGUUAAUCAGAUGCUUUCAUUAUUUACGGCACGGUGUUCCGAUGUACCUCCUUUAUACCUCACUGACCUGACAUGCAGUUUUUAUUGUAAUAAUAAAUAAACUAUUGUUCAGUAAAUUCAGCUGCCUGUUUGUAGGACUGCAUUUAUUGGAAAAGAAAUGAAGUAACAAUCAAUUAGCGGUUGAGGAGAUGCCAAGACCCCUGAUGAAGGGUCUCAGGCCAAAACGUCGACUGUUGAUUCAUUUCUACAAUGCUGCCUGACCUGCUGAGUUCCUCCAGCAUUUUGUGUGUGUUGCUCUAGAUUUCAACCAUCUACGCCAUCUCUUGUGAUUCUGUUAUGGAAUAAAUCCUUUUACUGACCCUCAGUGCAUUUGCUCUGCUGAAGUGGGAAUGAGCUACAGGAGACACUUCAUGAGUGUCAUGGGUGGGGAAGUAUUGAAACCUAUACACUGACUUGUACCCUCAAGGAUGAUGAGCCAAAUGACCUGCUUGCAGUAAACUGAAUGAUAAUUUUCUUCAGUUACAGAGAACUGUACUGUUAGUCAUAAACACAAGAGAUUCUGCAGAUGCUUCAAAUUCAGAGUAACCUUUAAUAAAUGCUGGAGGAACCUAGUAGGUCAAGCAGCAUCUGUGGAGGGGUAUAAACUGAUGUUUUGGCCUGAAACAGCAACUGUUUAUUCCUUUCCAUAGAUACUGCCUGAUCUGCUGAGUUCAUCCAGCAUUUUGUUGAGGACUCUACUAUUAGUACUGUGAUUCUAAGAAACUAAUGCGUUGAGUCACUCAACCUCUUACUGAGGCUUUCUUUGUCUUCCCAACUUGGAUUUGUAGAUAUCAGGUGGGGACAGGAAGAGAAAGCAACUCAACAAUUAUGAGCCUUGUCCAGUAGAUGACCAGUAUAUUGAACUGUUGCAGCGUGUGCAAUAUUCAGUGGUAGCUAAGUGCAGGGAAACGGUGGCAGAAGAUCUGUUUGAACUCAUCUAGAGGCAGCUGGGUGGAAUAGAGAGAUCCUGCAGCUUCGUAACCAAAGUAUGAAACCGGAGACCCAGUCACUGGUAUGACUAACUCCACUGUCUUCUCUCUGGAAGGAACCCAUAGGAAAUGACUAUGGGUGCCACAGUAUCAUAGUGGUUAGCACAAUGCUAUCACAGCUCGGAGUUCAAUCUCAGCACCCUUUGUAAGGAGCUUGUACAUUCCUCCCCAUGGCUUUCCUCCAGGUGCUCCAGUUUCCAUCCACAUUCCAAAGACAUACUGGUUAGUAGGUUAAUUGGUCUUUGUAAAUUGUCCCAUGAUUAGGCUAGGGUUAACUCAGUGGUUGCUGGGCAAUUCACUCAAAGGGCUGGAAGGGCCUGUUCUGUGCUGUAUCUCAAAAUAAAAUAAAUUAUUGAUUUUAACCCAACUUCUGGAGGCUGUGCACUGCAGACGUCUAUAUGGUCAACUCUGUAGCGAUGUCUGACAAGGAAGCUGGAAGAAGUGCUAGUUGAUUUAUUGGAGUCGGAGUUGUGCAGAGAGACCCUUCAUUUUGUACUGAAUCCUUGCUGAACUUUUACAAAUAGUCAAAAUUGUAGUUUUGAUCUGAUCAGUAUCACUGGCAUAUGUCAUAAGAUUUGUCCUUUAGUGGCAGCAGAACAUUGCAAUUAACAAUAAUGAUACAAGUACCUAUAAAUUACAGUAAGAAUAUAUUAUAAACUAGUAGUGCAAAAAGAGGGCAAACAAAAUAUAGUGAAGUAGUGUUCAUUGUCCAUUCUGAAUCUGAUCAUGGAGGGGAAGAAGUUGUUCCUGAAACAUUGAAAGUAUACCUUCAGGCUCCUGUACCUCUUCCUUGAUGGUAGCAAUGAAAAGAGGGCAUGUCCUGGGUGAUGGGGCUCCUUAAUAAUGAGUGUUGCCCUUUGAGGUUGUCCUCGAUGAGGUGAGUGCCCAUGAUGAAGCUGGGUUAACCUGAUCAUUUAUUUAAUAGUUUAAAAGGUGGGCUUGCAUUUUGUUGAUCUGCUUGCCCCUAUAUAUUCACAGCUGAAACCUCAUAUUGAUUAUCAUCGUUCAGUAACAUUUUGGCAGAGACAUUUAGUUUCUCGCCUUGCUUUUUAAGACUUAGCUUUGUUUCUUAUAGAGAUAUUAUCAGGUAGGUUUGCAAUGCAUUUAAUCAGGUAUUGUCUUUGAUAUUGUCUCAAGAUGCAUCUUCAUUUAGAUUAUAUACAUAUGUGCUAAUGUAAGGUAUCCAUGUUUUUACUUUUGAGUGGAGAGAUAAUGGGUGCUACGGUGGCACAGCAGUUAGCGCAGCACUAUUACUUUUACAGCUCAGCUCGUCAGAGUUCAGAGUAUAAUUCUGGUGUCCUCUCCAAGGAGUCUCUGUAUGCCCUCCCCAUGGAAUGUGGGGGUUUUCCCCAGGUGCGCUGGUUUCCUCCCACAGUCCAAAGAGGUACCGGGUAGGUUACCUCAUAAAAAUAGUUUAUGAUUAGGUUAGGGUUAAAUUGUGGUUGUUGGGGGUUGCUGGGGUGGUGCGGUUCAAAGGGCCUGAAGGCCCUAUUCCGUGCGGUAUCUCUAAAUAAAAAUUUUAAAUUAUUUUAAAAUCUGUAAGCUUUAAACCAAGUGGCUCUGUCAAUCUUACCUGAAUAUCUGAACUCUCAAAUGCCUCACAGAUGGAAACAAGAUUUAGAUAUUAGCUUUAAUGUUACAAUUGUAAAAUAGCUGAAUUGGGGUGUAUGUGGAAUAGAGCUGCAAGUUAACAAUGGAUCUGAAGGAAUAGAAAUUUGAAUGCAGAGUUGUGAACUUUUGUAAGUGGCCUGGGUUUUGGAAGUAUUUUAAUAUUCAUCUUUUGGAUUUCAUUGGAGUCACAGCAUAUUGCUCCUUUAUUCAUUUGCUUUUAUGUCAUUUAAGUCCAAAUAGAUAUUGAAAUAAUGUACAAGCUAUGGCAAUGGAAGAGAUUCUAAUGUUGCACAUGGUAAUUGCAAGAACUGCAAUGCCUGUUUUUUUCUGGUUUCAGUUAGAUGGACAAAACAUACAUCAACUUAUUUAUUUAUUUAAACUUUAUUGUGUACUUUGUUAUAAGACAGUUGGAGAUGGGAGCAGAAUUGCGUCAUUUGGCCCAUCAGAUCUGCUCCAUUAUGCCUGAUUAUUUAUCCCUCUCAACUCCAUUCUCCUGCCUUCUUGCAGUAACUUUUCACGCCCUGACUAAUCAAGAACCUGUCAACUUCCGCUUUAAAUGUACCCAUUGACUUGGCCUCUGAAGCGCCUGUGGUCUUGGUUCAAAAUGGACAUCCCUCUAUUCUGACGCUGUGCCCUCUGAUCCUGGGCCCUCCCACUAUAGGAAACAUUCUCUCCAUAUCCACUCUAUUGAGGCCUUUCAAUAUUUGAUAGGUUUCAAUGAGAUUCCCCUUCCAUUCUUUUAAAUCCCUGUGAGUACAGGCCCAGAGCCAUCAAAUGUUACUGGUUCAUUAAUUAAUAAAUAUAACAAUGAAGGUUGAGUGCCUGUUGUCAUCUACAGGUAGCUUCCAACAGGAUCUAACUUGACUCGAGGCAUAUAUGAUUAUCACCCGUCCUCACAGAUCUGGGAACAGUGGGUGAAAGCUAUAUCAGUUCAUGUAAAAGGGGAUCUGGAUAAAUCACAAGCAGGAUUGAAGACUAACUGGCAGAGAUAGGGUCUGAGCUGUUCUAAUGUCCUGUGGAGGUUCAUGGUUCAGAUGUCAAUAGUGUGACAGGAGGAAGGUGUAAAUGGAUUGCCUGAGAUGGUAGAGUCACUAUAUGAUGGUCCAUUUCAAGUUUAGGCCAUCGCUAAGUUUGUCUUACUUUUAAUAUAGAUGCUUUUUCAGAAGAAAAUCUAAUUCUUCAGAAAAUGAAAACAUUUUAUAUGGAAUGAACAUUUGAAGGUGAAACACAGCUUCUGAGUCAGGUGUAGAAUUCCCAUCAGAAACCGUGCCUUGUUCCGGCUUUUGAUUUGAGGAAUUUACAAUCGUGUAUAAAUUGUGUGCUUUGAAACAUGUCCAUGGUGACUGUGAGUAUAGCGGUGACUGAACUCAGUUUAACGUGUGAAUGGAAAAUAUGGGCUUAUAUACACCCAUUAACAUUAAAGCUCAUGAUGUCCUUUCUGUAUGUAUAAUGGCUCCCCAUAAGUUGAAUUGGGUUUGAGAAGGGAAAACGCCAUAUCUUUUCCACAAUGGGUGUGCAGGAAUCUGUUUACAUUUGACAAUUUCAUGUUCCUUGACUUUCAGUUAAGGGACCAAAAAAUUAUAGACAUAAGACAUAGGAGCAGGAUUAGGCUAUUUGACCCAUUGAGUCUGUUCCACCAUUCCAUCAUGGCUAAUUAUUAACCCUCUCAACCCCAUUUGUCAGCCUUCUCCCCAUAACCUUUGACACCCUUAUUAUAUGUGAAAGCUGUUUAAUACCUACUUUUAUUGAAUUGAGGAUUUGUUAAAUCUGUUCAUAGUACUUUUGAAAUGAUGAGGACUUACAGCACUGCUCAUUAUUUUGGUAUUUGUCUAGAUUUUAGAAGAUCUCUGUUACCUUUACAAUCCUUUCCUGUUGGGCUGCCUUGGAGUUGUUGUUUGCCAAUUUCUAUAAUGGGUGAAGAGUGAAGGAAAACCAGGCCAGAACAUCCUCAGUCAUUCUCCAUUGCCUUUUCAGGCUGGGGCAUUUGAUUAAGAGAGUUCAGUUGUAGGAGAUGGCAUAUACAGUACUGUGCAAAAGUCUUACUACUUCCUGCCUGUAAUGCCAGCUGGCAUUUAGGGUAGCAAUGAAGGUCCUCAGUAUCUGUCCACCAUCGCAUCCAGAUGUUGGAAAACUUCUUCAUUGCUGUUUGUGUAACAGUUUUGUUUGACCAGUCAAGGUUGUUAGUUCUGAGCUGAACCCCAAACCUGGAGGACCAGUGGACCACUCUUAGUCUGGCCUGUUUACCCUUUGACCUGUUUGGUAUGUGUGAUCCUACCAAGAGCCAAAGCAUAAAGGCCUGACUCCAGCAGCAUAGCUCUUCAGGUCAUUGAGGCACAUAAGCCUUCAAACCACAAGGGUGUGGUCCUCUUGGAGGUGUGCAAAAGUCUUAGGCAUCCUAGCUAUAUUUAUCAGUGUCCAAGACUUUAGGACAAUACUGUAUAUUAUGGCUUUCCAAUGACUAAAUAACACAUAAUACUACGGAGCUAGCACAAAGCUGAGUAGUCUCAUUUCUGUUUCCCACCCUAUUUUAACCAAUGUACAGUAAUGUGCAUAUGUCUUAGCCACCCUGGUAUAUAUAUGUAUCUAAGCCACCCUGGUAUAUAUAUGUAUCUAAGACUUUUACACAAUACUGUAUAUUUGAUAUGCAAGAUUUAAACAUUAGUCAGAUCAAUUUUCCUGCCAUCAAAAGGGGCUUUCACCCUUUCUGAUAAUUGUACAGGGAUAGUGGGGGAGGGACAUCUAUAAAUCUUAAAGUACUGGAUUGCAGUAUUCUCGUCUAGCAGGAUUUUCUUGUAAUCCUUUUUCAAGUCAGCAAAGUAAGUAUUGAUAGCGCUGGAUGCUUGAAAGUUGUAUCUGUGGCUAAAGAUGGUUUCCGUAACUAUUAAGAAAAAAUCUGUACAUUCACAUCUAAGGCAUGAUCAAGUAGCAAUAAUAGAAUUAAUGGGUGAUUCUACUGGAGAGUUCACAAUCCUGAGGUUGCAGGCUCUGGUUUGUACACCUUUGUUCCUGAAGCACCAGCCCCUUGUUCCUCCUGUCACCUGUGCACAUUCCCCUCGCAAUCCCCACACUGUGCAACAUAAUUAAAUCAAGACAGAUCGAUUUUCCAAUUUUAAAAAAACUGGGCAUUAAUGGACUGACUGACUUGAGAGCAUAACAUUUCGUACUGAGCUUUCUUGAUGAAUUGUACCUCCGUGUCUAUGUAUGUACUUCAAAUACCUUAAUAAUAAAAAAGUUAAAUUCACCAAGAGUUGCCG